AUGAGUGAUUCGAUAAUUAAACUGGAAUCGAUUGAUUCUGAUUCGAAUCAAACACUAAAUCAGCAUGAAAAUAAACAACCAUCUUUAGAACCAUCUACAUCAACUCCAGCUCCAACAACAUCAACAUCAGCAAGAGGUAGAAAGAAGAAAACAGAUAAUGCCUCAACUAAAGAUAAACCAAAAGCAUUUACCAUCAAAUAUAAACGUCCACGAGGUUCAAGAGCAUGUACAGUUUGUAGAUCAAGAAAAGUUAGAUGUGAUGCUGAAAUUCAUAUUCCAUGUACAAAUUGUAUUACUUUUGGUUGUGAAUGUGUCUUACCAGAACAAAAGAAAAGAGGUCAAGCUUCUGAAAAUAAAUUGAAAAAACAAAAAAUUGCCACUACAAAAGAUAAAGAAACCAAAAUUAAAGAGGAAAAAGAGGAAACAGAACAAUCAAAUUCUUCAAAUGAACCUAUUUUAAAUAUCAGUCAAAUUAGUGUCCCACCAUCAUUAACUUCAUCUUAUAAAAAUCGUCCUUCAAUACAUAAAAAAGAAUUAUUAAGUUCAAAAUCAAAACCAUCAUUAACAUUUAUUGGAAGUUCUUCGGUCUUUGUGAUUCCGCAAAGAGUAGGUGAGAAUCACGUACAACUCACCGAAGAUAUGUUUGAUGUAAAUGAUAAUUCUUUAGAUUCAGUUGAAUUGGAAAUUUUAAAAAUGAGAGGAGCCUUCUUAUUACCAAGCAAAGAAUUAGCUUCAGACUUAAUUGAUUCAUAUUUUGAGCAUGUUCACCCAUUAAUGCCAGUUAUUAAUAAAACUUUGUUUAUGAAGAAAUGGUUAGAUAAACAUGAUAGUCCUUCAUUAAUGGUCCUUCAUGCUGUUUUAUUAUGUGGUAGUAGAGUUUCCAAAAACCCAAUGUUAUUAGAUUCAAAAGGUACUGCUGAUUUAGCUAGUUUAACAUUUUUUAGAAGAGCUAAAGCUCUUUAUGAGCUAAAUUUUGAAUCUGAUCCAGUGUCUAUUAUUCAAACAUUGAUUCUUAUAGGAACUUAUUGGGAUGGUCCUGAAGAUGUAACUAAAAAUAGUUUUUAUUGGACUAGAGUUGCAGUUGGAUUAGCUCAAGGUUUUGGUUUUCAAAGAGAUGUAAGUAAAAGUCAGUCACUUACAAUUAGUGAAAAAAAAAUUUGGAGACGUAUCUGGUGGUGUUUAUUUGAAAAAGAUCGUAAUGUAGCUAUAGCAUUUGGUCGACCCGUGGUUAUUGAUUUAAAUGAUUGUGAUGUUCCAAUGUUAACCUUUGAUGAUUUUAAUGAAGAUGAUCCUGAAUUAGGUAUAAUUUCACCUUAUAAAGUCAAUCAGUUGCAUGCCGCAUAUUUUAUUCAACUUGUUAAAUUAGCUGAAAUUUCAGGUAUUAUAAUUAAACAUCAAUAUUCAGUUAAAAGUGAAUCAAUGAAGAGACGUAAUGCUUUUUCAAUCAUUGAACAUUGUGAUAUGUUGAUGGGAAUUUGGUUUACAAAUUUACCUCAAAAUUUAGUAUUUUCUUUAGCUGAUAAAUCUUCACAAAAUUUUUAUGCUUGUUUACUAAAUGCUCAAUAUUAUAAUAGAUUAUAUUUAAUUCAUAGAUCAAAUUUAAUUAGAAUGGCUAGAAGUUCAAGUACAAACCCAAAUAAUUAUAAAUAUCCAAGUUGGGGUAUAUCAUUUCAAUCAGCAAAAAUGAUUUCAAUUAUUUCAAAUAUUUUAUUGAAAAGAAAUUUAAUUCAAUUUGUUCCUACGAUGUAUGUUUAUAUUGCUUUUAGUGCAUUAAUUAUGUUAAUUUAUCAUGUUGAUUCAUCAAAUUCUGUUAUUGCAUCAACUGCUGCUGAUUCUUUAUAUGUAUCAAGAGCUGUAUUAAAUGAAUUAUCGAAAUAUUGGCCAAUUGCUGGUUUAUUAAUGAGAUUAUUUGAUAAAUAUGCAAAUGAUAAAAUUAAAAGAGCUUCAGUAAUUGAAAAUGGAUCUAAAUUAGCUGAAUAUAAAGAAAUUGUAGCAAAAGGAAAAGAACUGAAUACACUGAGUACAAUGAGUUUAUAUGGAGUACAAGAACUAAAACAAAAUCAAAAUCAAGCACCUCCUCCACAAAGACCAUUAUAUUCACCAACUGCACAAUCAGUUACAUCAGGAGUUUCACCAGGUGGAAACAUAUAUAAUGAUUAUCAACAACCUCCACAACAACAACCACAACAACAACCACAACAACAACCACAACAAAAAGAACCACAAAUUGAGGAGUUAAUUCAACAAUAUAAAAUUCCAAUGAAACGUAAUCAACAAGAUGGUGCUAAUGAUAAACCACCAACAAACGAAACAUCACCUACUUCAUCAACAAAAUCAUUUCCUGAUAUAUCACUAGUUACUGAAAAAUUACCAAGUAAGCAAAACUUUUUUGAAAAUUUCGAACCAUCACAAUUAUUUCCAACAUUUAGCCUACCACCAACAAGAGCUCAAAGUCCAAAUCAACUAGAUGAUGGGAAUAUUGGUAGUAAUAUUUAUAAUAAUUCAAUGAAUCAAACUUUGAAUCAGCAAGAGCUGGAUUAUCAACAUGUUGCUCAAUCUCAAUCUCAAUCUCAAUCUCAACCUCACCCUCAAGCUGCUCAAGAAUAUCAGCAAAACCCAUCAACACCAGGAUUCCAAACUAACUUCAUUGAUAGUUCAUUUAUAAAUAUGAAUUUACAAGCUGGUAUAGAUAUGAAUAAUGAUGAUUUUAAUUCAUUUUUUAACUUUAUGGGUUAA